UAGAAAUUCCAUUAAAAUAUUAUUGAAUUUGGUAUAACAAAUAAACACAAUGGAAAAGGAAAAUAUGGAGAGUCCAUCUGUAUUACCUCAUACGUCAUAAGAUGAAAGGUGCUUUGAUGGCCUCUUACUUCUUCUGGAUAUGUUGUGAUGCUUGUAACAAACUUUGUUUAAAAACAAAGUUUUUUUUAUCUUUUUUUUUUUAUUCGAGUUUAGAAUUUCUGUGCGAAUGGAUUUUACUUCUAUAUUUGCCGAGUACGUGAAGUUGCAUAUGUCUCCCCCGAAAAUGUGAGUUGCUGCGGAAGAAUUUUGUCCCGAUCUGACAAACUUUCGUACAAUUUUUUGAAAGAUUGAAUUGUAUUGGAUUGUUUUUGCAUUGAAGAAAAGUGAACUGAGAACUUAUGCUGUGCUGAUCGUGGUACCUCGUUUUGAUAUCUUUUGAUGCGUCGUCGUUCGAGAUUCAGUUUUCUAGCGCGAUGAAUUUUGUACUGUUGUGAAAUUAAUAUCGUCAUGCUUGAAAGUAUGGUGAGUUCAUGUUUUCCCAUUUAUUUAUACCUUAUAUGGAUAUUUUCUGAAUUGUUGGAUAAUAAUCAAUACUGUUCAUGUCGGCAGGAUGAAAAGCAAGUUUUGGGAUGGUGAUCUUUGAAGGAUGACUUUAUUCGUGUUUCGCAGUUGAUUUUCCUCAUGGAAAUAUUGUGUGAAUGUUGAGAGUUAUUUACGGUCAAAUUAGGAAUUUGGGAAGCUGUGAAGAUGCGAAAUUUGUAAGAAAGGGGAAGGAAUUCUCGUGCUUUCCCGUUGACACUUUUUUCUUUUUUACCUGAAAAAGGAAUUUCAUGCUGUAAAAUUAUUUGAAGCAAAGAUCGGUGGAAGUGUGGAUUUGUUGUUCGUAAAAUUCACCGUGCAAUGCGUAGUUUACGUACUCUUCCACCAGCACUCGUGUCAUGAGAAUUUUGUUUUUAUUCAGCUGGUAGAACUAAAAAAAUUUUCGCGAUGGACGUGAGCAAUAUUCCGAGUUACGUCACGAUCCCUGCUGGGAUCGCAUUGACGCUGUUUGCAGUGCGGAAAUUCCGCGAACGUAGCUGGGGUUGGUGCAAGUCCGUGCGGGACAUGUCUGGCAAGUGCGUGCUCGUCACGGGGGCCAGCAGCGGGCUGGGUGAGGCCACGGUCGUGGAGCUGGCCCAAAGAAACGCCCGGGUCAUCAUGGCGUGUCGCGACGAGGCCAAAGCUAGGGCAGCUGUGGAGCGGAUCCGAAAGCUGACGAAAUCCGGGGACUUGAUUGCGAUGCACGUGGACAUGAAGAGCUUGGGUUCUGUGGUGGAGUUCGCGAAAAAAGUGAAACAGGACAACGAAAAUGCCCCAGGGGUGGAACCGAGGACAGAAGACGGACUCGAAAUCCUUUUCGGCGUGAACCAUUUGGCACAUUUCGUGCUUGUGAAAGAGUUGCUACCGUUGUUGAUGGAAGAAUCGGCGCCAUCUCGAGUUGUGGUGAUGGCGUCCUCUCUGUAUGCGAGCGGGAAAGCCAUGUUUGAUGCUGAAAAGCUUGAAAGUUCAGUGAGAAGACCGAAGUUGAGAAAUUCUCUGUACUGCGACUCAAAAAUGGCGAACGUUUUGUUCAUGAGAGAGCUUGCGAGAAGACUUGAAGCGACAUCUGUGAAUGCUUACGCAGUGUGCCCGGGAUGGUGCAACACAAACUUAUUUCGACAUUCAAAUUACUCAAUUGUCAAGAAGCUGAUGCUUGCUCCGAUUCUGUUUUGGUUUAUGCGUUCUGCGAAGCAGGGUUGCCAAACGAUUGUGCAUUGCACCACGGAGGAGAGUUUGGGAAAUGAUUCCGGGAAGAUGUUCAAGGAUGUCAAGGAAUAUCCUCUGAUUCCUUACGCAAUGGAUGAAAAAUUAGCUCGGGACUUCUGGGAUUAUACUGAUCAACUGGCUAAAGACCUUCUGAAAAAACAUGUUGACUAUAUGAAUGCUUCCUGCGACGACUCAGCGAUCGCGAACGUGAAUGAUUCGCUCCAGUUGACAUCCCAAGAUUUGAGAAGGACCGUGUUGGUGUUAAUCUGUGUCGUUUAUUGUCGCAAAACCUUCAUGGUUCUCUUGUCUCUCGGGGAAAAUCGUAUUUCUUUUGUAUUGUUAGUGUGCGCUAAUCUUGUUGCGGAAAUGCACGUGACAUCUGCCGCUGGUAUUUUGGCUUGGUUAGAUGAGCCAGUUCCCGAACUUCAAGUCUUCACGCUUCAGAAGUUGAAUGAAGUUGUGGAUGAGUUUUGGGCCGAAAUCUCGGAGCACAUCGAGAAAAUUGAGGUGCUAUAUGAAGACAAGAAUUUCAGCCAUAGAAAUCUUGCCGCGCUCGUAGCGAGCAAAGUUUUCUAUCAUCUUGGUUCGUACCAAGAUUCAUUGUACUUCGCCUUGGGAGCUGCAGGUCUAUUCGACGUUAAUAGUUCAUCUCAGUACGUCACCACCAUCGUUGCAAAAUGCAUCGAUCAUUACACGAAGCUCCGACUCGUGAAAAUCGCGAAGGAGAAGAAAGCCCUUGGGAAAGCUUUCGACGACGGAAAUUUUGUAAUAACUGGACAACCCGAGCUAAUUCCGUCGGAAUCCGUGAUGCUCACCUUGAGCGGCCUGGACGGAGGAAGGAAGAUGGAUGCAAUUUCUCGUCCAAUGAAUCCCAAUGAACCCGUCGAUCCUAGACUUGAACAAAUCGUCGACCGCAUGUUCCAGCGAUGUUUCGACCACGGGCAAUUCAAACAAGCUUUGGGUAUUGCUCUUGAAACUCGCCGCAUGGAUGUCUUCGAAAAAUCAAUCCUGUCGUCUGACGAUGUUCUCGGAAUGUUGAGCUACGCUUUCAAAGUGACAAUGUCCUUAAUAGACGAACGACAGUUCCGCAAUGAAGUCCUGCGAACGCUCGUGAACCUAUAUCGUAGCCUCCCUGGGAACCCAGAUUAUGUCAGCAUGAGCCAGUGUCUUAUCUUUUUGGAUGAUCCAGAAGCAGUUGCGGAGUUACUGUUGAAAAUCCUUUCGGGCGCCUCUGAAGACUCAGAAGUGAUGGCCUACCAGCUGGCUUUUGAUCUGUACGAAAGCGCGACGCAGCAGUUCCUGGGGAAGGUGCUCGACGCUUUACGAACAAUGUCCAAUAUAACAUUCAAGAUCCCGACGUCUCAUAGUACUGUGGAAAAAGCGGAAGAAAAAGUGGAAGCCAAGAUCGAGGAGAAAAUGGACACUGACGAGGCAAAUGUUGAAGAUGGGGCCGAGCCAAAGCCUCCGGCGGUGAAGUCGCAAGCUGAUACCGUGCUGGACGAUGCGGAGAAAGUGAAGAAGACGAAGCUGGAGAAGUUGGCGACGAUCCUGUGUGGCGAUGUGCCGAUAUCGUUGUACCUGCAAUUUUUGAUCAAAAGCAACCACACGGACAUGAUGAUACUCAAGAAUACGAAAGAUCAAGUUCGUGUGUCUGUGUGUCACACGGCCACUGUCGUUGCCAACGGGUUCAUGCAUUGUGGAACGACGUCGGACCAGUUCCUGAGGGACAACCUGGACUGGCUAAGCAGGGCCAACAACUGGGCGCGGUUCUCUGCGACUGCAUCCCUCGGGGUUAUUCAUAAAGGCCACGAGAAAGAUGCUCUCGCCUUGAUGCAGGCUUAUUUGCCGAAAGAGUCGGGCGGCGGUGGCGGAGGAACGUCUGCCUCCGCGUCCGGUUACUCUGAAGGCGGUGGCCUAUACGCCUUGGGCCUGAUCCACGCCAACCACGGCGCCGCAAUCACCAAGUACCUUCAGGAAAGUCUGACAACCUCCACGAGUCCGUUUGUGCGCCACGGGGGUUGCUUGGGUUUGGGCCUGGCUGCGAUGGGUAGUCAACGCCUGGAUAUUUUGGAACUACUCAAGGAGCAGUUGUUUCAGGAUGACGCUGUGACGGGAGAAGCUGCUGGUAUUGCCAUGGGCCUGGUGAUGCUGGGCUCCAACGACGGGGAUGUUGUGCACGAAAUGAUCACGUAUGCGCAGGAGACGCAGCAUGAAAAGAUUUUACGCGGUCUCGCCAUUGGCUUGGCCAUGAUCGUGUAUGGCAGGUUGGAAGACGCAGAGCCAGUGAUCGUGAAGCUGACUACGGAUAAGGACCCCAUUUUGCGACGAUCAGGAAUGUAUUCCAUUGCAAUGGCUUACGCUGGAACUGGAAACAACGGAGCCAUCAAGAGAUUGUUGCACGUGGCCGUGUCGGACGUUAACGAGGACGUGAGAAGAGCUGCUGUGGAAUCCCUCGGAUUCCUCUUGUUCAGGACCCCUGACCAGAUGCCGAGCGUAGUUUCCUUGCUGGCGGAGAGCUACAAUCCACAUGUGCGUUACGGAGCCGCGAUGGCCUUGGGUAUCGCUUGCGCAGGAACUGGGCUACAAUCCGCGAUCACUCUCCUGGAUCCAUUGACUAAUGAUCAGGUCAAUUACGUUCGACAAGGUGCCUUGGUUGCAUCAGCCUUGGUAUUGAUUCAGCAAUCUGAGACGUCCAAUCCAAAAGUCAAAGAGAUGAGGAAUACGUAUUCCAAAGUGCUGAGUGACAAGCACGAGGACGUGAUGGCAAAGUUUGGGGCGAUUUUAGCCCAGGGUAUCAUUGAUGCUGGAGGACGAAACAUGACUGUGUCUUUGCAAAGCCGAACUGGACACAUGCAUAUGAUGUCCGUGGUCGGAAUGCUCGUUUUUACGCAGUUCUGGUACUGGUUCCCGUUGUCGCACUUUUUAUCACUUGCCUUCACCCCGACCACCAUAAUUGGUGUCACUGCCGAGCUGAAGAUGCCGAAGGUUCAAAUCCGCAGCGCGGCGAAACCGUCUCUAUACGCCUAUCCGGCACCUCUCCAAGAGAAAAAGAAGGAAGAACGCGAGAAAGUAACAACUGCCGUAUUGAGCAUAACUGCGAAGCAGAAUCGCCGUCGUCGAAACUUGGCCGACUUCAUGGAAGUUGACAAGGAAGAGCGAAAAGAAAAAGAAGAAAAGGAAAAGGAGAAGAAGGAACGCGAGAAGAAAGAAGAGGAAGAGCGGGAGAAGAAAAAGAAGGAGGACGAGCCGCACUUCGAAAUUCUCGAAAAUCCCGCUCGAGUUCUCAAGCCGCAGCUGAACGUCGUUUCUCUGGAAGGCUCUAGAUACAAGCCCGUGAAAGAUAUUUCUCAAGGAGGAUUUGUUGUGCUGACGGACAAUUCCCCGAAAGAUCCCCAGGAUUUGGUCGAGCCUGUUGCUGCGAUGGGGCCGCAGUUGGAACCCGAAGGAGAUGAACCUCCUCCACCCCAGCCGUUUCAUUACCCAGACGAUUGA